GGGGGGGGGGGGAAGACUCCAAACAGUGAGCCCUAGAGCUGGAGAACAGCGUUUACCGGCGGAGCGGCCGGCUUAAUGAAUGAAGGUAUGGCCACGGAUUCCCCUAGAAGACCCAGUCGGAGUACUGGUGGAGUUGUGGUUCGUCCUCAGGCUGUCACAGAGCAGUCCUACAUGGAAAGUGUUGUUACUUUUCUACAAGAUGUUGUACCACAGGCUUACAGUGGAACACCUGUAACAGAAGAAAAGGAGAAAAUAGUCUGGGUCAGAUUUGAAAAUGCAGAUUUGAAUGAUACAUCAAGAAAUCUGGAAUUUCAAGAACUACAUAGCACUGGAAAUGAACCCCCACUGCUGAUUAUGAUUGGCUACAGUGAUGGAAUGCAGGUCUGGAGCAUCCCUAUUAGUGGUGAAGCACAGGAGCUAUACUCUGUUCGCCGUGGCCCAGUUCGAGCAGCUAGAAUUUUGCCUGCUCCACAGUUUGGUGCUCAAAAGUGUGAUAGUUUUGCAGAAAAAAGACCUCUUCUUGGUGUUUGUAAGAGUGCUGGAUCUUCAGGCCCAACCACACCUUACUGUUUUGUGGAUCUACAUUCACUUCGUACUGGAGAGGUGGUUAAGUCUAUUCAGUUCAAAACAUCUAUUUAUGAUCUCCACUGCAACAAGAGGAUCCUCGUCGUAGUCUUGCAAGAGAAAAUUGCUGCAUUUGAUAGCUGUACUUUCACAAAAAAAUUUUUUGUCACAAGUUGUUAUCCUUGUCCUGGUCCAAACAUGAAUCCUAUUGCUCUUGGGAGCCGCUGGCUUGCUUAUGCUGAAAACAAGUUGAUUCGGUGUCAUCAGUCUCGUGGUGGAGCCUGUGGAGACAACAUUCAGUCUUACACGGCCACAGUCAUUAGUGCUGCCAAAACAUUGAAAAGUGGCCUGACAAUGGUUGGGAAAGUGGUGACUCAGCUGACAGGCACACUGCCCUCAGGUGUGACAGAAGAUGAUGUUACCAUCCACAGUAACUCAAGACGGAGUCCUUUGGUUCCGGGCAUCAUUACAGUUAUUGACACUGAAACCGUUAGAGAAGGCCAGGUGCUUGUGAGCGAAGACUCUGACAGCAAUGGCAUUGUGGCCCACUUCCCUGCCCAUGAGAAGCCAGUGUGCUGUAUGGCUUUUAAUACAAGUGGGAUGCUUUUAGUCACAACGGAUACUCUUGGGCAUGACUUCCACGUUUUCCAAAUUUUGACUCAUCCUUGGUCCUCAUCCCAAAGUGCUGUCCAUCAUCUGUAUACUCUACACAGGGGUGAAACAGAAGCCAAAGUGCAGGACAUCUGCUUCAGCCAUGACUGUCGCUGGGUUGUAGUCAGUACGCUCCGAGGUACUUCUCAUGUGUUCCCCAUCAACCCUUAUGGUGGCCAGCCAUGUGUUCGCACACACAUGUCACCACGAGUAGUGAAUCGCAUGAGCCGUUUCCAGAAAAGUGCUGGACUGGAAGAGAUUGAACAAGAGCUGACGUCAAAGCAAGGAGGACGCUGUAGCCCUGUUCCCGGUCUAUCAAGCAGUCCGUCUGGCUCACCUCUGCAUGUAGGGAAAUUGAACAGCCAAGACUCUUACAAUAAUUUUACCAACAACAAUCCCGGCAAUCCUCGGCUUUCUCCUCUUCCCAGCUUGAUGGUAGUGAUGCCUCUUGCACAAAUCAAGCAGCCAAUGACAUUGGGGACCAUCACCAAGCGAACAGGCAAAGUUAAACCACCUCCACAAAUUUCACCCAGCAAAUCGAUGGGCGGAGAAUUUUGUGUGGCUGCUAUCUUUGGGACAUCCAGGUCAUGGUUUGCAAAUAAUGCUGGUCUGAAAAGAGAAAAAGAUCAGUCAAAGCAAGUUGUAGUUGAAUCUCUGUACAUUAUCAGUUGCUAUGGCACCUUAGUGGAACACAUGAUGGAGCCCCGGCCCCUCAGUACUGCUCCUAAGAUAAGUGAUGACACCCCACUGGAGAUGAUGACAUCACCUCGAGCCAGUUGGACGCUGGUUAGGACGCCUCAGUGGAAUGAAUUACAACCACCAUUCAAUGCAAACCAUCCCCUGCUCCUUGCUGCAGAUGCAGUACAGUAUUACCAGUUCCUGCUUGCUGGCUUGGCUCCCCCAGGAAGUCCGGGUCCCAUUACUCGACAUGGGUCCUAUGACAGUUUAGCUUCAGACCAUAGUGGACAGGAAGAUGAAGAGUGGCUCUCCCAGGUUGAAAUUGUAACACACACUGGACCCCACAGACGCCUGUGGAUGGGCCCACAGUUCCAGUUCAAAACCAUCCAUCCCUCAGGACAAACCACCGUAAUAUCAUCUAGUUCAUCUGUGUUGCAAUCUCAUGGUCCCAGUGACACUCCACAGCCACUUUUGGAUUUUGAUACAGAUGAUCUUGAUCUCAACAGUCUCAGGAUCCAGCCAGUUCGCUCUGACCCAGUCAGCAUGCCAGGGUCAUCCCGUCCAGUCUCUGAUCGAAGGGGAGUUUCCACAGUGAUUGAUGCUGCCUCAGGUACCUUUGACCGGAGCGUGACGCUGCUGGAGGUGUGCGGGAGCUGGCCGGAGGGCUUCGGGCUGCGGCACAUGUCCUCCCUGGAGCACACGGAGGAGGGCCUCCGGGAGCGGCUUGCAGACGCCAUGGCAGAGUCCCCCAGCCGGGAUGUCGUAGGAUCUGGAACAGACACAGCCCUUGACGUAGCAGUAACAAACAUCACCCCUGAGAGACACAUGGCUGUGAAGUGUUUUGAACUUCAGCGAGAGGGAAGCAUCGAGACUCUGAGUAACAGUUCAGGCUCCACCAGCGGCAGCAUCCCAAGAAACUUUGACGGCUACCGGUCUCCGCUCCCCAUCAAUGAGAGCCAGCCCCUCAGCCUCUUCCCCACCGGCUUCCCCUAGGUACCAGCAACCUGCUUCUGACUGGUGGCCUACUCACUCACUAGAGGGAGGGGGAGACCCCCCACUCUCCCUCCCCCCAUUCUCCCCCUUCAGCCUCUGCUCCUCUUUCAUCCACUACCUUCCCUAAGCUUAGUGACAACAGCCACCCAUCCUGGAUGAGAAGAGACCCUUCAAAGCACCUCGGCGCGCCCUGACCUCUGCCGCUCCUGUCCGUGAGGGCUGCGGCCAGAAAGACUGCAGAAGCUCAGUCCCCUCCUCCAUUUGCACAUGAUGUCCUGUAUCGGAUCCGCUUUUGUAUUUCCUAACUAUACCCCUCCCCCCCCCAGGGAGCCUGGAACAGUGACCAGAUCUUGGAGCCUGGGUGGGGGGAAGGUAGCCCUUCGUGGACAGUCUCAACCCCACUGUGGCUGUGGGCCACACUGCCUGCCCGCCAGCUUCCCUUGCACAGCCUCCCCAGCAUGGGGUAAAAUGAGGCCCAGUGUACUAGGGAAGGAAAACGGAAGGAGAGCCCUCCCCUUCCCUCUUGCUUCCCUGCUGGCUCAUGGAAAGACUUUUUCUUAUCUUCAAGCCCUUGUACCCUGGUCCUGUGCUGUUUAGUGAAGGAAACCUUGGUUACUGAGGUCCUGUCGAAAAGUGCACGUCUUGUUCAAUAAAUCACGCUGCAAUUGGUGUCUA